CUUUCCAAUCCCGCAACCUCCGUGAUUCGAGUCCACCGCCGUUCCUCAUCUAAAACGAAGGGGGAAAAAUCAACUCCAUCAGCAAACUCCUAAUCUUUCCCGCAUUGUCAUCCGCUACGUACCUGGGUGACUUCACAUCCCACAUUUCAAAAUGGUCGCCGACGCCCUCAUCUACCACCCAUCGGUGGCCCACUACAACAAGUUUGUCGCCACGACCGUCGGCCGCGACAAGGUCCUCCGCACCCUUCAGUACUUCGCCCGCUUCUACGCCUGGUACCUGUUCCGCACCAAUGGUUCCAAGGCGGAGAUUGCCCCCUGGGACGCCAUCAAGAAGCAGUUCGGUCUGACCCGCAAAAUCAUGCGCGUCGGCAAGAACAUUGAGCACUUCAAGGCCGCUGCCGCCGCUUCUGACGCGAAGACCACUGACCCCGUCCUCCGGUACGCCGCCGUCGGCCGCCAGCUGGGCUAUGCCGGCUACUUGACCUUUGAUGCCGCCACCGUCCUCGAUGCCGCCGGCAUUAAGAAGUGGGAGGGCGCCAAGAAGUUACAGAAGGAAGCCUUCCGCUUCUGGGCCAUAGGCCUCAUCUUCAGCGUCGUCGCCCAGACCUAUACCCUCUACCGCCUCCAGCAGCGUGAGGCUAAAGUCGACAAGAAGGAGGGCGAGGGUGUCGUCGAGGCCAAGAGAAUAGCACUUGAGCGCGCCGCCAGUCGCCUGCAGCUUAUCUCCGACCUCUGCGACUUGACCGUUCCCACUUCUGCCCUUGCUUGGCUUAACUUUGACGACGGCAUUGUUGGCCUUGCUGGUACCGUGAGCAGUUUAAUCGGCGUCUAUACCCAGUGGAAGAAGACGGCAUAAUAAGGCUACAGAAGGAUAGGACGGAUGUGUCUUGUGUAUAUGUAUGUACGUGACGACGUGUGUGUGCUUCUUGCCGACCAGUUGUCUUGUUGAUGUGUAACUGUCCUGAGUGUUUGGUGUUGUAGGAAACAUGAGGCGAUGAAUGCUUUGGGGCCAGGAGGCGUUCCGGAUGUACUUAACCAAGGUU